AUGAAACUCUUCAAGAUUCUCGGAGGAAUCAUCUUCUUUACUCUCUUGUUUUCCAGCUAUUCUGAGCAGAAACAAGUGAAUGUCCUGUAUUUGACAGAUUGUUUCAUGAUCACCAUUCAACACUUCCUCCUGAAUACUGAUAUCUAUGUACACUUUCAGGAGGUGCACUUGGGUCUGGGUUGUCCUCCCAACCAUGUUCACCUACACUUCUACCAGUUCACCUACCACGUUACCGAAUGUGGCAUCCGCAUCAAGGCCGUCUCUCCAUAUGUCAUCAUCUACAGCUCUGACAUUCACUAUGCGUCCAAAAGCUCAUUGUCUAGAUAUGUGAUCCCUGUGUCGGGUGCAGCUCCUCAAUGGUCCCCUUGGCUCAUUGAGCUCUACUCCGUGAAAUUAGACAGUGAAAACAUGGCCAAGACCCAGAAGGAUGCCAGGACCCAGAAGAAUGAGACCAGUUACCCGAUUUUCAGCUUGCCAGAGCCUAGCCAACAGUCCAACUCCAGCUGUCCAUCUUAUGUCUUCAAGCAAGAGAGCAUGUAA